UCUGAAAGAGCUCGCCGGAUGUGCUGUAGUUUCGGUGCCGUGUAGCUUGACGCUGCUCCUCUCCUCGGUGAAUGACAUCAUGCGGGCUGCUGUCUGUCUCCGUCUGCGACAUGGCUCCUCCGGACAGUAACGGCUGGAUUCAUUUAAAACCUGCCGUUAAACCGCACGCGGUGUAGAGUGAUGCAGCAGAAGUUGUGCUCCAGAGGUUCUGGUUCUUUCCUCUUAGAGAGGAACGGCCAGGCCUGCGGCGCCGUCAUCGACUCCGCCACCUCCUGCGACCUCCCCUUCCGCUGCCCCCGCUGCGGCGAGCAGGAGCGUUUCCGCAGCCUGGCCUCGCUCCGCGCCCACCUGGAGUACCGCCACUCGUACCGCUCGCCGGACGUGAUCAGCAGCGGCUUCAGCAUCACCGGCAAACACCCCGACCCGCUGACGGCGGCCAUCCCCUGGCACGACAUGAGCCUCCCGACCCGCCGGGGGCAGCACAGCGCGUCGCGGCCGCCUCACGUCCGCUCCCUCAGCGACUGCAGAGACAGCGGGUACCUCCACUCCUACAGCUCCGUGAGGAGGCGCACCCAGAGCGUCGGGGUGGGGACGCAGGCCGAGGAGGACGAGGAGGAAGACGACGAAGGGACAGAGGAUGAAGAUGUGGGAGAAGAGGAGGACGAUGAGGAGGAGGAUGGUGAAGAGACGGAUGGAAGCAGACAUGAGGAGGAUUUCAAAAUGUCCAUCAAAAAGUCAGACGUGUGCCACCAUCAUCACCUCAACCAUCAUCACCUCCUGUUCCCUCCUCCAGCUCCUCUCGGACCCCCACUAGACCCAGACCUGGACCUGGACCUGGACCUGGUCGAGCAGAACUCCUACUCCGGCUUGGAGACGGCAGCAGCCUCGGCCGCCGUGCGCCGGCGGCUGGCCAGUAUCCUGCGGGCGGCGGACAGCACCAUGCAGCGCCGGCUGGCCAAGGUGAGCACGGAGCUGGCCCAGACCGACACGGAGCUCCUGUGUGAGCGCGCUCACUCGCAGCAUCUGGCCCAGGAGAGGCAGGAAGUCGCAGACAGGGAGAGGUCACUGAGUCGGCAGGUGGACGUGGCCGUCAUGGUGAUCGCCGCGCUGAGGGAACAGCUCAACGCCUCCGAGAAUGAGCUGGAACGACGAGAGAGGGAGGUGAUAACCAUCCAGAAGUUUCUGGAAGCUGCGGCGCGGCAGGAGACGUGUGGUAAAGUUCGAAUCCAGCACUUCAUCGAGAACCUGCUGAGACGCAUCGCUCUGGCUGAGAGACUAGUGGAGUAUUACCAAGUGAACGGCAGCCCGUCACAGUGCAACCACUACAAGCAGCACCAGCAGCCAACUGAUAAUGGACCUCACAGAAUCACUAAAAGCAGGUCAGCGGGAGGUCAGCUGUCCUCGUCCGGUCUCCAUGACAACAGAACUCACUCCUCCUCGCAGUUCGGCGGCCGCGCUCCGUUCUCUAAACCGGGCGGAGACCGGGAGCAGCGGGAGCAACGGGAGCAGCGGGAGCAACGGGAGCGGCUGGCCCAGUCGUCCAGGCUGUUCUGCCGACCCGAGCACAGAGACGACAUCUGGAACCACCAGCGCCGCCGCUCCACCGGGUACGAGGCGUAGAGCUGUAGAGAAACGCCAGGGAGAGGGGGUGUCAAACUUGACUCAAACUUUAUUUAAUAAUGACUUUAUUCCAGUGUGUUAACCUAUGGAAAAGUACCGCAAGAUCACAUUCACAUCGAGCUUGUUGGGAGCAGUUAAUCUGAACUCUAAACAUCUGCUCCGUCAGCACAAAUGUUCAAUUAAAACAAGAAACUCCAGUAAAUGUAAUUAAAUCUUAAUUAAGUCUCUAAGGGACAUUUUUGAAAUGGCUUUAAUUGGCUCAAACAGAAACAGAAAAUCAUGGAGUCAUUUAUAAAACAUUAGUUUGACAUGAAAACGUUUGCACCUAUGCAAUUUAGACAAAAUGUAAAUGACUUUCCUGUGAACAAACGUUGUUCAGGAUGUUCAAAAAUGGAGCAAUUUAUAAACUUAAUUGGGAGCUGAUAUCACUUAUUGGUAUAAAGAAUUAAAACAGGGUACAAGAUGUUUUUUUUCCUUCCAAAUGUAAUUAAUCUGACAGUUCCCAGACAAAAUAUUUACUUAUUUAUAUAAAUCAAAUUAAGAAAACCAUUGAACAUAAGAGAUGAGCUCAUGCUUAAGCAUAAAUCAAAUAUAGUCUGACACAUACGUUCCCUUAAAGUUGUGUUUUAAACAUUUAAACAUACAGUAUCUUUGGCAUCUCUGUACUUCAAUAUCUUGUCAUUUAUAAACCGACAUACUGAUAUAUAUAUAUAUAUAUAUAUAUAUAUAUAUAUAUAUAUAUAUAUAUAUAUAUAUAUAUAUAUAUAUAUAUCUGCAACCAGCUGAUGUCUGACUGGUCAAUUUAUCUGUCAGGCUCUAAAAUCAAGAACUCUUUUAUUAAUAAUUACUGCAUAGUUUGAUCCCUAAUAACACAAUAAUACGACUUGUAGGUUUCAUUUUACGUUCAGACUGAAGAAAACGGAUGGAACAGGGUUGAAGAACAUAACGCAAUAAGAAAUAUUACUGCAUGACCACAUCAGAUUGUAUUCAAGUACAUAAUAGUGUAUAUUAUGAAUAUUUUGUAUCGCCAACAUCGUGUUAUUGCUCAUUUCGUACUUUUCCAUAGACUAUGACACUGAAGUAGAGUUUUGUAAAGUGUUAAACUGGAUGUCAGUGUGGGUAAACUUUCAAUAUUCAAACAUUUAAAUGAAUGACAGCUUCUUGUCUUUUGUCUUAGUUGUCAGCACAAAUCAUAAUAAUAAUAAGUACAAUAUAAUAGGUAAACUUUAGUGAUCCUCUCUCCUCUUUAUUUUAGAGAAACUUCAGCUUAAAUGUGCUUUUGUUCUCAUCUACCGAUUGAAGAUUUAUUUACAGUUUAGGUAAAAGGAAAGAAGGACCGUCUGCUUCCUGGAUCAGAUUGAGAAUAAAUUGUUCCCGAGUGAUGUUUUGAUGACACGUCCUCUCCUCUGGUGGAACCUUUACAUCUCGGCCUGGUUCCCCCCCCC